AAAAAAAAAAAACUUUUUUCUAUUUGAAGAAAAGAAUAAUUAUAAUAAAUUUCUAUAAAGCAGAGAAGAAUGUUUGUUUGAAUAGUGGAACAAGACCAAUUAUUGUUUUUUUCUCUUUAAUUCUCUCACUAGCAUUCCCAUUCUCCUUACUCUUUGUGUGAAGAAGAAGAAACUAUACUACAAUGUUCACGCGAGGCCUUGACAAUGAUGUGCUAAGAUGGGUUCGCGAGGGGGGUGGUGCCAAGAGCAGAGAUGUUUUUAGUAUGGCAAUGACUGCGAGACAAAGACCUGAUCCUAUUCCCAGUUUAAGAAAUGCUGGAUGGCACUCUGGAUUGCCUCCAGCGAAAUUCCAUAAUGGACAUAUAUCUUCAGGUGUAAUUCCAGUGUCUGGGGGAAUAUCUGUUAGUGGCAAUGAUGGUGGUUCAGGAUCAGACAUGGACACGUCAUCUGAUUCAGAUGAGUGUCCUUAUGACAGGCAGUACUCAUUCAUAUCAUCUCCACAAGAUGAUAAGGUGCCAACUGUUGCAGCUGCUACACGUGCUGCUUCCUCGCAGAAAUUGGAGGCUUGUGGUAAUAGUAAAAUUGAGCUGAAACUAGGAAAUAGUGCUCAGAGACCAGCACGGGUUUGUGGUGGGAACCCUUUUGGGAAGCCUGACAGUCAAGAAGAGCAAUUGUCAAAUUCUGCCAGUAGCACUGAAGUUUCAUUUAUGCAGUAUAGAAGCAGUGAUGGUGUUGCACCUCAUAGAGAAGCAUAUAAUACAGAGAGUUAUUCUUCUACUGUUACUUCUAGGGUACGCAAUGAAAUAACAUCUAAACAGGUUUUUCAUAAUGGAAGAAUGCAAAAAAAGAAGCCUUCUUAUGAUGAUACCAUUGUUCAGGAUAACACCAGGGAUGAGAUUCUCAACCCAUCUGUCAGGACUGCAGACAGUGGAGGAGUUGAUGAAUCUGCUAGUAGUUUAACCACUCGUCACCCCAUUUUUCAUGCAAGUGGGCUUGGCCCAUGGUGCGCAGUGCUAUCUUAUGAUGCAUGUGUUCGUUUAUGCUUAAAUUCAUGGGCCAAAGGUUGCACAGAAGAAGCUCCCUACUUCUUGAAUGGUGAAUGUUUACAGUUGCGGAAAGCAUUUGGUUUACAGCAGGUAUUAUUGCAACCAGAAGAAGAGCUGUUGGCAAAACAAUCUUCUGAGUUAGUCAGUGAGGCAGCAGCUCGUAAAUCGAAGAAGACCAUUGGCAAAAUGAAAGUGCAAGUGCGUAAAGUAAAAAUGGGUUUAGACCCUCCUCCUGGCUGCAAUCUUUCUAUAGUAAAGAUGGAAUCUCUUCAUCAACAUUUCUCCAAUGUAAACUCAAUGUUGUAUUCUGGAUGGGAAGCACUUCGGAAAGUUCGUGUGACUCCCAAUACUCCUGCAAAUGGUUCUCUUUCAAGGCAAAGUCUAGCUUAUCUGCAGGCAAGUGGUCAGUAUAUAAAACAGGUCACCAAGCUCUUGAAAACUGGUGUGACUACUUUUCGCAGCAGUUCAACAUCAUAUGAAGUAGUUCCAGAAACAUACUGUUGCUUGUUGAAAUUGAAAAGUUCAUCUGAAGAGGAUGCGAUCAGAAUGCAACCAGGAUCCAGUGAAACCCAUAUGUUCUUACCUGAUGGUCUUGGUGAUGAUUUGAUUGUCAAAGUUCAUGACUCCAAGGGGCAGUAUUGUGGUCAUGUACUAGCACAAGUGGUUUCUAUUGCUGAUGACCCUGGUGACAAGCUUCGAUGGUGGCCAUUAUUUCAUGAGCCAGAACAUGAACUCGUUGGCAGAAUUCAACUGUAUAUACACUAUUCAACCAGUCAAGAGGAGAAUAAUAUUAAGUGUGGCUUUGUUGCAGAAACUGUGGCAUAUGAUUUUUUGUUGGAAGUUGCAAUGAAAGUUCAGCACUUUCAGCAAAGAAAUUUGUUGCUACAUGGCCCUUGGAAGUGGUUGGUGAAGGAAUUUGCAUCAUACUAUGGAGUAUCAGAUGCAUAUACCAAGUUAAGAUACCUUUCUUAUGUCAUGGAUGUGGCUACACCAACUGAAGACUGCCUUACAUUGAUAUAUGAAUUACUAUCUCCUGUGAAGGGCAAUAGCAAGCACAAAUUAAGUCACCAAGAGAACCGCAUCCUAGGGGAAAUUGAGGAGCAGGUCCAGCAGAUUUUAACUUUGAUCUUUGAGAAUUACAAGUCAUUAGAUGAAUCGUUGCCAUCAGGGAUGAUGGACGUUUUCAGGGCUGCCACUGGAUCACCACCUCCUUCCUUGGUCCCUGCUGUCAAGCUCUAUGGCCUAUUGCACGAUAUAUUAAGUCCUGAGACACAACUGAAGUUCUGUGGAUAUUUUCAGGCUGCUGCAAAAAAGAGGUCAAGAAGGCACCAGGCUGAAACAGAUGAGAUUAUUUUGAGCAAUACUGAGGGUGCAUUGAUGGAUCCCUUGACUCUUUCAAAUUCUUAUCAGAAGAUGAAAUUGUUAAUUUUGAGUAUCAAAAAUGAAAUUUUCACCGAUAUAGAGAUCCACAAUCAGAAUGUUCUCCCUAGUUUUGUAGACCUUCCAAAUCUCUCUGCACCCAUAUACAGUGUGGAUCUUUGCAGUAAAUUGCGAGCAUUUCUUGUUGCAUGCCCCCCUCCUGGCCCCUCUCCACCUGUAAUAGAACUUGUUAUUGCAACAGCUGACUUUCAAAGAGAUCUGUCUUCCUGGAAUAUUAAUCCCAUUAAAGGGGGAGUUGACGCAAAAGAGUUGUUUCACUCUUAUAUAACCUGUUGGAUUGAAGAGAAGCGCCAUUCUUUACUUGAUUCAUGCAAACUAGAUAAGGUUAAGUGGUCUGGUAUUAAAACACAACAAUCAACGACUCCUUUCAUUGAUGAUAUGUAUGAUCAACUAAUGGAGACAUUGAAUGAAUAUGAAAUAAUCAUUUUCCACUGGCCAGAAUUCACUAUCGUCUUGGAAAAUGCUAUUGCAGAUGUUGAAAGAGCCAUUAUUAAAGCUUUGGAGAGGCAAUAUGCUGAUGUUCUAGCUCCACUGAAGGACAGCCUUGCUCCUAAGAUUUUUGGCAAAUAUGUUCACAAAUUCACCAAAGGAACAGCUAGCAUCUACAUUGUUCCAGAUGAGUUGGGAAUUCUUUUGAAUUCCAUGAAAAGGAUACUUUAUGUACUGCAUUCCAAGAUAGAAUCCCAGUUCAAAUCAUGGUGUUCUUGCACUCCACCUGGUGGAAAUGCAAUCCCAGGAGAGCGUCUCAGUGAAAUAACAGUGAUGCUAAGGGCUGAAUUCAGAAACUAUAUUCAAGCAAUAGUGGAGAAACUUGCAGAGAAUACAAGAGUUCAAAGUGCAACAAAAUUGAAGAAGAUAAUCCAAGACUCAAAGGAAAAUGUUGUUGAGUCAGAUGUAAGAAGUCGAAUGCAGCCUUUGAAAGAUCUCCUGAUAAACUUGAUAGAGAACCUCAAUUCUGUCUUUGAACCUCAUGUGUUCAUAAUUGUCUGUCGAAAUUUCUGGGACCGGAUGGGGCAGGAUGUACUACACUUUUUGGAAAAUCGAAGAGAGAACAUGUCCUGGUAUAAGGGCUUAAGGAUUGCAAUUUCUAUUUUGGAUGAAAUAUUUGCAUCACAGAUGCAGAAGAUGCUUGGGAAUGCACUCCAGGAAAAAGAUUUGGAGCCACCUCAAUCUGUGAUGGAAGUGCGUUCUAUGUUUGCGAGGAUUUUGUAAAUUACAACAACUACGAUAUCUAGGGUCGAUUUUCCUGUGCAGAUAAGUUGAAAAUAGAAAAUGGUUUUACAGUAUUACUCUGCUAAAGGGAAGACAAACAGCGGACCUGAAGAGACUACCCAGGUGGAUGGUUCAGCAUAAAUUUUGACCAUGUUCUAACAAUUUAGUGAAGGUUCCCCACCACAGCCUUCGUGGUGGAUAUCAUUUCUUUGUCUUUUUAUUGGAAAAUAUAGAAAUUUUGGGAACUCAACAGUGUCAUAUCCAAUUUUUUAACUCACCAGCCUUACAUCCAGUUGAAGCUGUGUGUUUCUUCA